AGGUUUCCAUACGAUUAGCAUAUCCACGACUCUUGUCAACGACACACGUGGUGAUGUGCCAAAGCUAGAUCAUCCCCUUCAACACGAAAGCAUAUUUCGAACGGGAGAUAAGAUUUAGAAAGUUAAUAAAGUGCAACUUCUAGUACCUGUACCCCUUCGAUAAUUUAUCAAUUUGAUCUUUGUCCACGUCGUUUUUCGUUCACCCACAAAAGCACAAUGUCGGAGCCGCAGGGGACAACAAUGCCUUGCGCCGUGUCGCAACAGUCGAAGGCGGAGUGGGCAGAUCACCGGGCACUGCGCUUUCCCCGCAAGCAAGGAGCGACGGCGCUUUUCCCCCUUGCCCUUGUUCUCCUUCUCAACAACGCUGGUCAUGAUGCUGCGUCCGGUUUACAACUCUCUCAAAAACUCCACCAGCAAAGCGUGUCGCGAACACCCGCUCGGAGCAGGAAGGAUGAUGACACGACGCAAGCAGCAGGUCGCGAACUCAGACGCUCGCUUACCUCCACGAAGAUUAGGAAAAACCAGGAACGAGAGAGGAGUCUGAAAAGCAGCUCCGUUACAAAAUCUCCGAUCAUGCAACAGGCGAGGGAACCAAUGGGCGAAACUUCUGGAGUGGCAACAUCAGCCACUAGUGUGCUUCAGAUGCAAGAGAAAUUCAAUCCUUGUGACCAAGGGUCGAAGGACAAGGACGACAGUGUGGUUGAUUCCCCGAAUCACAAGCCGGAAGGCGAACCAGCUGACGGGGAACCGGCGGGCAGCCAGUCACCGGCCGACGGCGAUGGGCCACCGGCUGAA